ACACUGUCUCAAAUUGCCGCCAGCCUUCAGUUUCACGACGGCCGAGUCAAAAUCUGGGUUAAAUCUCUAUUGCCAACGUGGUAGAAGUUAAUGGCUUCAUCUUCGUCAGUGACUAAUACUCCAGUGAAGUAUGAAGUUUUCAUCAGUUUUAGGGGUGAAGAUACCCGGCAGGGUUUUGCCAGCCAUCUUUAUGCAGCUCUGCUUCGGAAAAAUGUCGCUACUUUCAUGGAUACAGAACUACGGGAGGGAGAUGAAAUUAAACCAUUACUCCUCGAUGCAAUUGAAAAGUCAACGAUUUCAGUCGUUAUCUUCUCCAAUGGUUAUGCAUCUUCCGCAUGGUGUCUUGAUGAACUUGUGAAGAUCGUUGAAUGCAAAAAUAGACCUACAAACAGGCAGAUCUUAUUACCGGUUUUCUAUCACGUAGAUCCAACAGAUGUAAGGAAUCAAAGUGAGACUUAUAGGCAGGCAUUAGCAGAGCUCGAGGAAAAAUAUAGAAAAAAAUGGCAGAAUGAGCAGAGAUUGAGAGAAAAUGUGAAGAAAUGGCGAGCUGCUUUGACCGAAGCGGCAAAUAUAUCUGGACAUGAUACAAAAACCACAAGCAACGAAGCUCAACUUGUAGAAGAAAUUGUCAACAAUAUUUUGGAGAGAUUGGAUCAUAUGUUCCCGAGUGAAGAUAAGGGGUUAAUAGUUGGAGUGGAACGUAGCAUCACAGAAGUUGAAUCUUUACUUCGCAUGGGAUCAGAAGAGACCAUUAGUAUUGGAAUAUGGGGAAUGGGUGGUAUAGGAAAGACAACUAUUGCUAAAGUAGUAUUUAAUAAAAUCCAAAAUCAGUUUGGCAGUCAUUUCUUCUAUGAAAAUGUUAGGGAAACAUCAAUGAAUCUAAAUCAAAGGACCUUCACAAAGCGAAAGCGUGAUAACGAAAAAGUUCUUAUUGUUUUAGAUGAUGUCACUUUGAUAGAACAAAUAGAAUCUCUAAUUGGAGAAUUUGUAGAUCGCUUGGGUCCAGGAAGUCGAAUUAUUAUAACCACAAGAGAUAAAGAAGUGCUUCAAUGUUAUGGUGUGCCUUUCGAAAAUAUAUACGAGGUUAAAGGAUUAUCAGAUCCUGAAGCUCUUCAGCUUUUCAGUUGGUAUGCCUUUAAGAAAACAGAACCCGAUUCAAAUCAUCAGGAUCUAUCAAAGAGGGUAGUAGAAUAUGCUCAAGGUAUUCCAUUGGUUCUAAAAGAAUUUGGCAAAUUUUUAUACCACAAAUUAGAUGUUUGGGAAAGUGCAAAAGAUAAACUGGAUGUUUGGGCAAGUGCAAUAGAUAAACUACAAGCAAAUCUUCUCCGAGAAAUCCAAGAGAAGCUAAAAGUCAGUUAUGAUGAAUUACGUGCUACUUAUCUGAAGGAUCAAUUUCUAGAUAUUGCAUGUUUCUUUAAAGGGGAAAGUACAGAUUUUGUAAUAAAUUACUUGGAUGCCAAUUAUUAUGAGUUUAAGAGCACAAGCGACUUAGAUGAUCUCAUUAAUAAGUGUCUUAUAAGCAUUACACCAGACAAGAAGAUAUCAGUGAAUGAUGUGUUACAAGUAAUGGCUUGGGAAAUUGUUCGUGAAGGGUCUAGAUGUCGUGCAGAGCGCAGCCGUUUGUGGGACCAUAAGGAUGUCUCUUAUGUACUGAAAAACAAUGCGGGAACUGAAUACGUUAAAGGCAUAUGUUUGGACAUGUCUCAAAGGACUCCUUUUAAAGCUAAAGGGUUUGGAAAGAUGCAUGACUUGAGAUUCUUCAAAGUACAUGACUCACACUAUGAGCAGAAUAAUGUUAAGAGGGUGCUUGUUUCCAAAGACCUUAGCUUUGUUUUCACUGAGCUAAGGUACCUUUGCUGGUAUGGCUGCACUUUGGAUUCAUUGGAGAAAAAUUUUGAUACCGAAAACCUUGUUGCGCUUGACAUGCCUCAUAGCGAAGUGACAAGAUUGUGGACUGACAAUAAGGUAUACAUUUUGAUACUUAUAAGGAGAUAACUUUUUUUUUUUAACUUUUUCAACAUAACAUGUUAAUUAACGUAUUUCUUAUUGUUCUUAUUUUUAUUGUUUUGAUCACAGCGUUUUGAAAAACUAAAACACAUUAAUCUCAGUCACUCCAAGCACUUAGUUGAAAUCUCAGAUUUUUCAUUCUUCCCAAAUCUGGAGAGCUUGAUUCUAGAAGGGUGUACCGGAUUGAAUACAAUUUCCCCAACAAUUGAACACCUCAAGAAGCUUGUUUUCUUGAGUCUGAGGCACUGCAAAAGCCUUAAGAGUCUCCCGAGAAAUAUUUCUGAACUGGAAUCUCUUGAACAUCUUCUUCUCUCAGGCUGUUCCAAACUUGAUGGAUUAUCUGACGACUCAGGAGAGGUUGAGAACAUUCCAUUGAGCUUUGAAGACCUUUCUAAGUUAUUGCAUCUUGACUUAGGAAACUGCCAGAAGCUUCAAUUCUUACCACAGCUUCCAAGUAGUUUAGAGUCAAUAGAUGCACACAACUGCAAAUUAUUGGAAGCAUCAUCCGUCUUGUCGAUUAUUCUAGGCCCAACCAAGGAAUCCGUGAAAAUUAACUUCAGCAACUCUUUCAAUCUGGAUCAAAAAGCACUUCAAGACAUUAUAAAAGGUGUUCUAUACGGCAUUGAGAAACAUCGUUGUCAAAUACGAGCUUGUAUCUGUUUCCCUGGAACUGAAAUCUCGGAGUGUUUUAAAUUUAGUCAUCAAAAUAACGGAUCUUCUAUAACUUUCAAGCUACCACAAAGUCUGUGGAAUUGGUCUUUUGUCAGUUUCGCUGUCAGCGCUAUUGUAGAAUUUGGUAACUAUGAAAAUAAGGGCGAGGGAUUGGAUAUUCUCUAUGAAUGUAGAGAUGGCACAACCGUAUUUCACAAUGGCAGCUUGAAGGGUUGGGAAUGUAAAGCUGGCCCCCGAAACGUUACCAAGGAUCAUGUAUUCCUUGGUUAUGAUUUCCUCAAGUAUGAUGCAAGAACCUGUAACAAUGACAAGAUGACCAUCCAAUUUUAUGUAAAGGAUUCAAACGGAAAAUGCAUAGAUGCUUGCGAGGUGAAGAAGUGUGGAUUUCGUUUGUUGCGUUCUCAAGACAGAGAGAAUCCAGUAGAAGAUGGAGUUGCAGUUGCUAUUGAGGAGGAACGGGAAGACGAACGAGGACCGAAGAGAUUGAAAG